GUCCAAUCAGACCGGCAAUUUACUCCCGCUGGCCAAUCAGCUGUAGAGUGAAGGCGGGAGCGGAAUUUCGGCGGGAAAAUGGAGUCGGGAGCUGCUGAGGCCGUCCCGGUCCGGGGGCCGGAGACUGAGGCCCAGAGUCCGGCGAUGGGCCCGGAAUCCGAGGCUCAGGCGCCGGACGGAGGCCUGAAGCCCGGCGGCAGCGGACAGGGCCUCCCCCCAGACACGGCCGCAGGAGCGGCGGGUGAGGCCGGGAGCUCGAAACGCCUCAGACUGUUCUCGGUGGUGAUGGAGACCAUGGUGGAGAAGCUGCUGGAAACGGCCAGCUUCGAGAGGUUCACUCAGUGCUACAAGCCCGUUCACGAGAUUCAGCCGCAGUUCACGCACAGCGUCUACAAGCAGCUUGUCUCCCAGCUCCAGACCUCCAUCCGGGAAGAGAUUAAUCAGAUCUCCGAAGAUGGACUCUUUGAACGAGCGCUCCCUAAACUUGAUCAGCUGGAGAGGGAGUCUGAAGCAAGGAUGGUGCAAGCUUGGCGUCCCACAGGCGCUCCAGCCGAGGACCUGCGCGCCCACCUGGUGCCCUGCCAGCUGCAGCAGCGCCAGUACCUGCAGCUGAAGCUGAAGAGGGCACGGGAGGAGAACACCACCCUGGCGCAGGAAGUGCUGCAAGGCAGGAGGCGGGUGCAAGAUCUGCAGCAACUGCGGGACGAUCAAUGCCAGGCCUGGGAGGAAUGUAACUGCAUCUGUCAGAAGUUGAAGCUGAGCUGGCAGUGAGGAGCGGCCAGGGUGCGGAUCCCUGACCCGGCAGGGAGUCCCCGUUCGUCUCCCUUCCCGCUGACUCCUGAGAGAGGUGUGAACCUUCCCUGUUCCUGAUCCCACUGGCACCUGCCCAACAGACUGAUGAGGCCUGGAGAGGGAACCGGACGGGAGGGCGGGGUCUGCGUGGUUUUCUCUGUUUCACCCAUGAUUCUCUAGACCCCAAACUUAUAGGCUGUGCUGCCCUUGUAGGGUGAAAAUUUAAUGUAGAGGGAGCUUCACCCUGUGUCUGACCCCAGGAGUGUGUGGUGGGACAGUGUAGAGAGAGCUUCACCCUGUGUCUGACCCUGGCAGUGUGUGACGGGACAGUGUGGAGGGAGCUUCACCCUGUGUCUGACCCUGGGAAUGUGUGAUGGGAUGGUGUGGAGGGACCAUCACCCUGUGUCUGACCACAGGAGUGUGUGAUGGGCAGUGUAGAGGGAGCUUUAUCCUGCAUUGACAUCCCCUUCCAUAUUGGGACACAGACUGUGUGCAGCGUUACUCAGAGCCUUGUAGCCCCGGCACCUGGUAAAGUCUGGGACGGUACAUGGCUCCUCUCUUGUACCUGCACUGCAGGAGUUGGUCUGCCCCCGGGCAGUGAAAUGUCGAUGCCUGUGCACCCACAGCUCCCAACCCCAGCUCCCUGUGUGUCAGUACAUGUACUGAAUCAGACUCGGGCACCUGCUGAGUGCGAGUUUGUCUGGGAUUAUUGUAGGACUGGGGAUGGGCUGACCCACCAGCCAAAUGGCCUAAUGUCUCCCCCCACCCCUCCCCCUGCAUUGCUUCACCCUGCUGCAGUGCUUCCUUGGGUGGUAUCUGUUGGGCAGAGUUUUCCCCUCGGGGCGCAUCUUCCGCACCACCUCGUUCCCGUUUGACGUCGACCGUUUGGACCUGUAGUCGGAUGGGCUUUCCAGGACUUGCGGCUCUCCAGUGCCGAGCUGUGCUGGCGUUGGGGAGGGGAGGGGUUGGCAAAUGGAGGUGGGGUUAGGAGAAGGGGGAAUGAUUGUGUUGCAAUUAAAAGGGAGCUGUCAAUUCCAAAACCUUACUGUGUUCUGUCUUUUCACUCCCUGGCCCCUCUUCCCCCCUGUGGUUCUUACCUAGACCAGAAGGGGAGAGCUGGGUGGCGCAGCGGGCAGAGGCGCUGUCUCAGCACCAGAGACCCGGGUUCGAUCCCGACCUCCGGUGCUGUGCAUGUGUGUGGAGUUUGCACAUUCUCCCUGUGACCGCGUGGGUUUUCCCCGAGUGCUUCUGUUUCCUCCCACAUAACAAGUUUGUGUGGCGU